AUGAGUAAAAAGAAUACUAAGCGUAAAUAAAACAACAAGAUAGAGAAGGAUGACGAUUAUAGUGACAUCUUUGAGGAAAUCUAACCAAUUAUUAAAAAAAAAUCAAAAGAGCAACAAUAAACAAAUUAAAUACCCUUUGAGUCCAUUCGCAAUCAAGAAUAAGCCAAUCUCAUUCGAUGUCCAAUUGAAUCAAUCAAUAUUGAAUAGGUUGAUUAAUCCCACUAAUAAUUUAGAUUCUAUAAGACAUUUUGUAUGAGUCUUCCAAAGAGUCCUAAUACUCUAAAACUCUUAAGUAAAUCCUUCUAAUGGGAUAGAGAGAAUUGAAAGACAAAUAAAAAUAUUACUAAUUUAAAUGGUAAUCAUUAGGACACUCUAACAUCAAUCGUUAGGAAUAUCAAAGAUAAGAAUAAAUGCUAAAAGAAUAAUAAUCUAAAGAAAUUGCUGAAAUUCAAAAUAAUGUUAUAGCUGAAUUAGGAAGAAAGCGUGUAAAAGGAUUUUAAUAAAGAGAAGAUAUCUUAGAUGAAUUUAGAAUUAAUUUUAUGAAGAAAAGACAUCUUACACCAGAUGGACCUGUCAUGGAGGAAUUCUAAUUUUAUGUUGAUCCUGAAGAGGCUAAUCGUUUAAAAAGAGAUUAAAUAUAAUUGUUGGAAAAAUUAAUGGAAGAGUCGCAUCUGAUUCCAGAAAAUCACCCUCCUGAAUUAAAGAGAUACUUUAGUUAACCAGAAAAUAUAGGACAUCAAACACGUUAUCUAUAAAGAACUUAAAGCAAUUAUAUAUAAAGGUAUUAUUUAUAUAUUAUAUUAGUAAUAAUGAUCAACAUUAGAGUGAUGUUUAAAGAUUAUAAAUAUUUCCAAAAUUGUAGAUUGAUAAAAUCAUUAAGGAAAAAAUGGAAAAUAUGACACCUAAGAAAAUUGAAGUAAGUGUUUCUAAAAUAACCCAAGCUUGAAGGAACUGCUAAAACUUGAUGAGUAAGAUAUUCAAGUCAUUCCCAGAAAUGUUAGAGUUAUGCUUUUGGAUUCUAAAUCUGAUGAAUUAUACACAGAUAAGGAUUUUUAAUUAGAUUAAGCUGAAAGAUACAUAGAAGUAUUUAAUUAAUUAAAAGUAUCAUUAUUAUUUUUUAUGUAUAAUUAUAGAAUCAAAAUUUUUAUGAAUUGGAUUUAGAUAAGAUGUUGGAACUUACAAUUUAUAUUGUGAAUAAUACUCAUUAUCAACAAAAAUUUAAGUUAUCUGAAGAUAGAAAAUAAGUUACACCUAGAGAAUUGCUGAAUUAUAUUGAAAAAUUAUAUAGAUAAUGA